UUAUAUAAACCCCCCUUCUUUCUCUCUUUAUUUCCUAACAAUUAUACACUCUUAGUCUUAGUCUCACACACACUAAAGUUCCUAGCAAAGUUCCCUCUUCAUCAUGGAACCACUUCACAUACCAAAUGAAACUCAUCUAGAUCACAUUUUCUUCCAAUCUUACUCCACAUCUUCAUCUAUUAAUUCUACCACGACCACGAAUUCGACCUCUGCUUCUACAUCUUCAUCCUAUGUAUCAUCGAACCCUUUUUCAGGGUUCGAUAAAAAGUUAAAUGUUAAAAAUGGUCCCAAAAGAGCUAGAUUGGACCCAAAAGAGGAAAACGAGGCACCUAAAAAAAAGAGAUCGAAUGAUGAUGCUGAUGAUAAUAAUAAUACUAAUAGUAAUAAUAAUAACAAUGAUGAUGGUAGAGAUGGUCAUUUAAUGUAUCGGGGAGUACGAAAGAGAAGUUGGGGAAAAUGGGUGUCUGAAAUUAGAGAGCCAAAGAAAAAAUCAAGAAUAUGGCUUGGAACUUAUCCAACGGCUGAAAUGGCGGCUCGAGCUCAUGAUGUGGCGGCUUUAGCCAUCAAAGGUGAAAAUGCAUUCCUCAACUUUCCAGAACUUGCUCAUUUACUACCUCAACCUCUUUCUACUUCUCCUAAAGAUAUCCAAGCCGCGGCUGCCAAGGCGGCUGAAGCCGAGCCGAGCCGAUGUCAGACAAGCAGCUCAAGCUCCUGUAAUUCCACCAAUACUAGCUCUUCUUCAGAAGUUAACAGUGUUGAAUGGUCUGAUUCUGUGGGGUCUACAAGAGGACAUCAUCAUGAGCAUGAUCAUGGUGAUGAGCAUCAUGGUCAUAAUGAUGAUGAUGAUGAGUCUUUGUUUGACUUGCCUGACCUUGUGGUUGAUGUCAAAACUCAGAGGGUUGGAGGGUAUUAUAGUCAUUCUACAUGGCAGAUAACUCAAGGGGAAGCCAUGAUAUUUGGACUUGAUGAUGAUGAUCAGCAUCAACAUAGUUGUUUAUGGAUGGGAUUAGAAGUAAAUAGAGAGUUUUGAGUCUAAAUAAUUAUAAUGUAGUUACUUCAUAGAUAGUAGUUCAUAAUCAUUUAGUUUCAUACCCAUACAUACAUGAUAUACAUAUCAUCAUCACAUUCAUUGUAAAACAUGGUCAAAUAAAUCUGAGUCAUCAUAUAUAGUUCAUGGCGGUCCAUACAGUCAACAUACAUGCAUAUGCAAGCUAGGAAAUAGGUUUGGUUUUAUGUACAAUUUUUAUUCUUUUUUGGGGGGUUAGAUUUUUUUGUUUGGUCAUAAAUUUUGAUUUUUAUUCUUUUUUCUUUGUUGGUGCAAAGUUUUGAAAGUUUGUUGGUCAUUUAUUUUUGUGCAUAACACGAUGUGAGAUGGAGAUCAAAAUUUCGGUCUUCCUUUCCCACCUUUCAUCUAUGUAAUAAUGUAAAUUAUACUAUACAUACAUUAUAUACGACAAAGUCCAUUUUCACA